AUGGCCAGUGCAGAAGCUCCAAAGCUGAGCAUCAACAUCGCCCUGCCCAGCGGUUCCUCACUGACCUUGACAGCAUCAGCCACCAGCCCAGUGGCAGAAUUGAAGACUGCUGCACAGGAAGUGCUGAAGGUUCCCUUCUUGCAAGUCAUAUCAGUUAAGGGGCAGCUGCUAAAUGCAGCCGAAACUCUGGAAGAAGCAGGAAUUCACCAGGGAGACGUUUUGACUGCCAUUGUUCAAGAGCCCAGGUUGGCUGCCACACGUGGUGCUUUUGCCUUUUGGUGUUGUGGAAGUGGCGUUGUCACCUGGGGGAAUCCUGAGAUUGGAGGUGAUAGCAGUGGUGUUCAAGAUCAGCUGAAGGAUGUCCAAAGCAUUGAGGCAUCCGCCACAACAUUUGCUGCUCUUCGCUCGGAUGGAUCGGUGGUCUCUUGGGGUCAUCCCGCUGCAGGGGGUGACAGUAGCCAGGUCCAAGAUCAGCUGAAAGAUGUGCAACAGAUUUGUGCUGCGGACUACGCCUUUGCAGCAAUUCUGAAAGAUGGAUCCGUGGUGAGCUGGGGGCGUCCUAUGUAUGGAGGUGACAGUAGCAAAGUGGCUGGGCUGCUGAAGGACGUGAAGCAUCUUGCAGCUUCCAAGGCAGCCUUCGCAGCCACCCUGGCCAAUGGUUCAGUAGUCACCUGGGGCGACGACGACUAUGGAGGUGACAGCCACGAAGUGACCGAUCAGCUGAAGGAUGUGAGCGAGAUCCAGUCCACUGAAGCGGCUUUCGCAGCGAUUUUGGCCGAUGGAUCUGUUGUGACUUGGGGUGAUCAUCAUGAAACCUUCGGAAGUGACAGCCGAGCAGUUCAAGACCAGUUGAGGAACGUCCAGCAGAUCUGCGGCUCCUCCGCAGCCUUCGCAGCCCAAAGACCAGACGGCUCGGUGGUGACCUGGGGCGAUCCCCGCUUCGGCGGAGACAGCAGCGAAGUGCGUGCACAGCUGAGAGAUGUGCAGAAGAUCUAUGCAACAGGCAGUGCGUUUGCAGCCAUCUUGGCAAAUGGAUCUGUUGUAGCCUGGGGAGAUCCAGAGUCUGGAGGUGAUAGCUUCGAAGUGCAAGAUCAGCUCAUCGACGUGAAACACAUCGAGGCGUCCGAGGGCGCCUUUGCCGCCCUUUUGGCUGAUGCAUCCGUGGUUUCUUGGGGCGAUGCAGAGUUCGGCGGCGACAGCAGUGGUGUUCUUCAUCAAUUGAUCGGUGUCAAAGAGAUCAAGGCAUCAGAUUAUAGUUUCGCGGCCAUCCUGGCGAAUGGAUCUCUAGUGAGCUGGGGAAAUGAGCAGAAUGGCGGGGACAGCCGCAAUGUCCGACUUCAGUGGCUUUGA